AAAAUGUCUUUCAAGAAGGAGACGCCCCUGGCUAAUGCUGUGUUUUGGGCAGCGAGGAAGGGGAACUUGGCCCUACUUCAACUGCUGCUUAACAGUGGGCGCGUGGAUGCAGACUGCAGAGACAGUUAUGGAACCACAGCACUGAUGGUGGCUUCAUACAGUGGCCACUAUGAGUGUGUCAAAGAGUUAAUCAUGCAAGGAGCUGAUAUUAACUACCAGAGAGAGACAGGCUCUACAGCCCUGUUCUUCGCCUCCCAGCAGGGUCACAAUGACAUCGUGAAGCUUCUCUUUGAAUUUGGUGCCUCUACAGAAAUCCAGACAAAGGACGGAGGCUCAUCUCUCACUGUUGCUUGUCAGUACGGCCGUUCUGAGGUGGUGGACACACUCUUGAAGAAUGGUGCCAAUGUCCAUGACCAGCUGAAUGAUGGGGCCACUGCUCUUUUCCUCGCUGCCCAGGAAGGUCAUGUGAACAUAAUACGUCAACUGCUGUCAUCUGGAGCCAAAGUUAACCAGACGAGGGAGGAUGGCACUGCCCCCCUGUGGAUGGCAGCCCAGAUGGGUCACAGUGAGGUAGUGAAGGUGCUGCUCUUGCGUGGUGCAGACCGGGAUGCCGACAGACAAGAUGGAUCCACACCCCUGUUCAAAGCAGCCUUCAAGGGAAACAACGGUGUCAUCGAGGAACUCCUCAAGUUUUCUCCUUCACUUGGCCUUCUCAAGAAUGGUUCCACAGCCCUCCAUGCUGCUGUUAUGGGUGGAAAUCUUAAAACCAUAUCACUUCUCCUGGACGCCAGCGCAAACCCCACACUACCCAACAAGAACAAUGAACUGCCCGCAGAUCUCACAAAGAACGAUCGCAUCCGAAGGGCUCUACGUCCACAGCUUGUAAACGGAGGCAGCACAUGA